AUGCCUGCUAAAGCCGCCCCCAAAAAAGGAGCCAAACGAGGCUUCACUAAGAAGGCCAGAAAGGGAGGGAAGAAACGCCGCAGGACCAGGAAAGAGAGCUAUGCUAUCUACGUGUACAAGGUGCUGAAACAGGUGCAUCCGGACACCGGAAUCUCUUCCAAGGCCAUGAAAAUCAUGAACAGCUUCGUCCACGAUAUGUUCCAGCGCAUCGCUUGCGAAGCAUCUCGCUUGACCCACUACAACAAGCACGCAACCAUCGCGUCCAGGGAGGUUCAGACCGCUGUACGCCUUCUGUUACCCGGAGAGCUGGCUAAACACGCCGUAUCUGAGGGUACCAAGGCUGUCACCAAGUACACCAGUUCCAAGUAA